UUUCCAGCCAAGCCAAGCCCAGCCCAGCCCGGGGCCGCCCCUGGGUCUGCCGGCCCGGCCCAACCCAGCCCAGUCCUAUAACAGUCCCGUGAGGCAGCGCCGGCCCCACAGCCGGCCCGAGCCUGCGACAGCAUGGGGGAGCUACUGGGCCUGUGCGUGCUGGCUGCGCUGCUGGGCACAGGGGGCGCCAUCUCCUGCUAUAACUGCACCAGCUCGGAGGGCUACAACUGCACCACGAACCAGGCCACCUGCACCAGCGCCGUCAACAGCUGCAUCACCAUCGCCCGCGACGAGGAGCAGGGGGACGAGGACAAGGAGAAGACGGUAUACGAGAAGAAAUGCAACUCGGACGACCGGCUCUGUAACCAGUUCUACGGGCUGACGGCCGGCGCCUACCGUCUGCGCUGGAACUCGACUUGCUGCCGGGCGGACAGCUGCAACGUGCCCGAGAUCACCCUGCAGCCCAGCUCCGGGGUGCCCAACGGGCUGCGCUGCCGGUCGUGCUUUGCCCGCGGCUCGGACGUCUGUGUGCCCACCGAGGUGCUGAACUGCACGGGCCUGCAGACCCGCUGCAUCCAAUUUGCCGCCACCGCCGGCGCAGGGUUCGAGGGUCUCCGCGUGGCCUUCAUGGGCUGUGCCACCCGCAGCCUGUGUGACGUGGGCGCCGUGGCCCUGUUCGCCUCCCAGCCCCAGGCUGUGCUCAAGACCAACCUGUGCAGCGCGGCGGGGGCGGCCCGGGGGGGGCUGCCCCUCCUCAGCCUGGGGGGGCUGCUUCUCUGGGCGCUGCACCCCUGAUUGCAUCAUCCCCCCUCUGCAGCACCCCCCUUUGGCGGGGAGCCCCCCCCGAUCGCACUUUCCCCCCUAUAGGGCUGGGAACUAGCCCCUUCCCCAGCAGUCGCUGCCUCCCGGUUAUCCUCCCCCCAGCCCAGCACUGCCCCCCAUCACCCCCCCAAAGCUGGGCACUGCCCCCUUAAAUGCCACCUGCUACGCCCCUCCCCACCUGCCCCAGCGCCCCCCCGUCACUCCUCCCCCGACACAGUACUUCCCACAGCCCAAUUCCUUGUCCUCUUCCCUGGGUUGGGUGGGAACCGGCGCCCCCCAGAGGGGACAGGCCCCUGCCCCAUUCCCCACCCCCUGAGCCAGCCAGUCCCUGCCCUGGGGCUGGAUGGGAGCCAGCACCCCCUGGAGGGGACAGGCCCCGUGUCUGUUCGCUGGUCGUGAUUGCCAAACCCAGGGCUUGCAGGAGUUUCUUUUCCACCUGAGAUCUGGGAUCCGGGUUGAUUUUCCGGUUUCAUUCUGGUCUCACCAACCAGGCUCACGCGACGGGAACGGCCAGUUUGGGUCAAAAAUGCCGUUGCAGAGUUUUAUAUAAUAAAGUUGCAAAUACGCA